AUGGAAUCCGAUCUCUAUCCCCACCGAGGGUUCAUGCUGGAUACGGGCCGGAAGUUCUUUCCCGUUGAAGCCAUCCUCGAUCUGUUGACCGUGCUUCACCAGUACAAUUUCAAUGUCUUCCACUGGCAUAUAUAUGAUGCAGAAAGUUUCCCCAUACACUGGCCGGCAGACCGUGGUUUGACCAAUGCGAGCCAGGCGCACAGUCAUACUUCCAGACACUAUACGCCUGGGGAUAUUCAGAGUGUGAUUUCACAUGCGCAGCGCUUGGGCAUCAUGGUCUACCCCGAGACAGAUAUGCCUGGGCACAGUGACAUAUGGGGAAUUUGGAACAAAGACUUGGUAGUAGGCACGCCAGACCUGAAACGUCCAGAGGCCCAACUAGACAUCAGGCAACGCCAAACAUACGACCAUAUCGCCGAUUUGGUCUCCACGGUUGACGGAUAUUUCCGGUCUCCCCUACAUCACUUUGGCGGCGAUGAAGUGGCCUAUAUUUGGCAGACUGGAGAUGACAACAAGCUGUUCGAGACGUUUCUGCACUGGCUCAAACGCCUUCAGCCAAACAAGACGCUCAUUCUGUGGGAUGAUCCUCUUACCGACGAGGGAAAGCGUAUCGACAUAUCCAAGGAUUGGGUUAUACAAACUUGGCAUGACGGUGCCUCUCAAGAAAUGCUCAACAGAGGUUACCGCGUCAUUGUCUCCGAGUCGGAUGCAUUCUACAUUGGCAAUGCAGACCACGAUAAAAUCGGUUCCUUUGUGUUCCCGGAUGAUUCGAAUGUCUUGGGAUUUGAACUUGUCUGGUUUACUUCGGAGGGGGACGAUCCAUAUGAUUUUCGCCAGAAUUGGGUCAUGGAUCCGAUAAAAGCGGCAUCACAAAUUCGACGAAAUCGGAACAAGCGUACGUCUUGAUCCGGAAGUUCGCUGGUGC